AUGUUGAAACCCUACCGCGUGAUGGUAUUAGGAGGUGAUCGCAUGAGGAAGUGGGACUUUUGGGAGCUAAACCACGGCGGACUGCAGAAAAGUCGUCAGCUUCUUGAGAUUCUUAGGGAGAAGGGUGGAAACGUAGACGGGCCACGCCUGGGUCCCGCUCUCCCGCUGCACAACUGCAAGAUAAGUCUGGGCAAGUCGGAGGAGGAACCCGGUGACCUCCAACCCCUUCUCUCUCUGACCCAUAGAGAACCGAAGAGUCCUGGGGUGGGACGGGGAGGGUCACUGGGUGAGGACACUGGGCCGAGGGUGUUAAGUUUCAGGCCGGGAUCCGCUACAGCCAGCAGCGGGCAGGAAGGGGAGGGCCCAGCGGGGCGAGGGGCAGCCCCCGAACGGGCUCGGGGCUGGGUCGGAAAAGCUGCCUCACGGGCGCGCCCGUUGCCCCCUCCGCUCCCUUCCUCUCCUCCUUCCAGCGCUCCCCGCCCGGGCCUCCCUUCCAGUCUCCGCUGCGCCCUCCCGGAGGCAGCGAUUGUCGCGGCCCCGCCAUGUCCCAGCCGGGCCAGAAGCCUGCCGCCUCCCCGCGGCCCCGGCGCGCAGCAGCGGCCCGCCACACCCAGGAGCACGCCAAUGAUAAAAACAGUGGAUCGCCGUCCAGGUCAGGAGACAAGAAAGGAUCAGAUGAGAAAAAUACAACAAGCCAUGGGAGCAGUCAACCCUCCAGAACCCAUGCUGGCGGAACAGCCCCGGCCACCAAGGUCAGUCAUUUCCUGAACGUGAAAAGACCCCUGUUCUAAGGU